CCCCAAGGGCUUCCCCAAGCUGAAGAAUGACACGUUCCUGCGAGCAGCACGCGGGGAGGAGACGGAGCACACGCCGGUGUGGUGCAUGCGGCAGGCGGGGCGCUACCUGCCCGAGUUUCGGGAGACCCGAGCGGCGCAGGAUUUCUUUGCCACUUGCCGGAGCCCCAAACUGUGUUGUGAGCUGACGCUGCAGNNNNAACGGGGCUGGGUUUGGGACUACUCCAUCCCUGGUUCUUCCAUUCUUCCCUGUCCCCAGGCGCUGGGCAUGGAGGUUGUCAUGGUCCCCGGCAAAGGACCAACGUUCACAGAGCCCCUGAAGGAGGUGGAGGAUCUGCUGAAACUGCGACAGAAGGUGGACGUGACUGCGGAGCUGGGUUAUGUCUUCCAGGCCAUCACGCUGACGCGACACAGCCUGGAGGGCAAGGUCCCCCUUUCUGGGGCGCCUUGGACGCUCAUGUCCUACAUGAUUGAAGGUGGCGGCUCCACUACAAUGGCUAAGGCCAAGAGCUGGCUCUACCGUCACCCCGAGGCAAGCCACCGACUGCUGCGGCUGCUGGCUGAUGUUGUCACUGACUCCCUGGUGGGGCAGGUGGCUGCUGGAGCGCAGGCGCUCCAGCUGUUUGAGUCCCAUGCGGGGCACCUGGGCCCGGAGCAGUUUGAGGACUUCGCCCUGCCUUACAUCCGAGACAUUGCCCGGGCUGUCAAGAGCAAACUGAAGGAGGAGGCGUUGCCGCUGGUGCCCAUGAUCAUCUUUGCGAAAGACGCUCACUAUGCACUGCGCGAGUUGGCCCAUGCCGGGUACGAGGUGGUUGGACUCGACUGGACCAUCCGGCCCCAGGAUGCUCGUGCACAGACAGGGAAGGACGUCACCCUGCAAGGGAACCUGGAUCCCUGUGCUCUUUAUGCACCCAAGGAGAAGAUUGGUGAGCUGGUGAAGAAGAUGCUGGAGGGUUUUGGGACCCAACGCUACAUCGCCAAUCUGGGCCAUGGCCUCUACCCCGACAUGAGCCCUGAGCACGUGGGUGCCUUCGUGGAGGCUGUGCAUGCUCAUUCCCGCCACAUCAACAAGCACAGCUGAGCGUGGGGAUCUGGGGACAGGACUCUGGUUUGGGCAGUCACCCCAAGUAGUAUGUUGUCACAAGGCUUGCUCCAGGCUGGGCUGCAGCAUUAAACCAGCACCUUCUCCACA